AUGGUCAUUGAACAACAACCAAUCGAAUUAAAUAGUAUAGGUAACGAUGAUAAAAAAACAAGAGAAAGAGAAAAAUUAAAAAGAGACCCUGGUCAAGUCGGAUUUGGUGGAGUCAAGAAUCCACAUGAUUGGGCCAACCCGAUUGCAUUGGCCACCUUUUCAUGGAUCGAUCCAUUCUCUUGGCACUGUUUUAGAAAUGUAUUACAACAAAAUCAAUUAUACAAUCUUGCAGAUUUCGACAAAGCUACUCAUGUAGCCAAUAAAAUUAAUAUUGAAUGGCAAAAAGAAUUGGCAAAACCAGAGUAUAGGAGAACCAAAAAAUAUUGGUUAGCAGCAAUUAGAGCAUAUGGAUGGUAUUAUUGUAUUGGACUUGCCUAUUAUGGAGUAUUUUGUGCAUCACAAUUUGUUGGACCACAAUUAAUGUCUCGCAUCAUAAAGUAUAUUGUCGAGUUGAGAUAUGGAUUGAAUCCAGAUGUCGAUGAGAACCUUGGAUACUAUUACGCACUGGCAAUGUUUGGGUCGGCUAUGGUCGGUUCAUUUUGCAAUUAUCAAUCGUCGCUGAUUGCCGCUCGAGUUGGCAAUUGGGUACGUUCGGCAAUGGUGGUGGAUGUCUAUACGAAAUCACUCAAACUCGAUACACAUGCCAAGAGAAAGACAUCGACUGGUGAAAUUGUCAAUUUGAUGAGUAACGAUGCUCAACGUGUUGCCGAAGUAUUCUUGACAUUCAACGCCGGUAUCUUUGCACUCCCUCAAAUCAUUGUUUGCAUCGUAUUGAUGUACCUCGAAAUUGGAUGGCCUACUUUUGUCGGUCUUGGAGUGAUGGUCAUUGUCCUACCGCUCAAUGGGUUUGUCGCCAAGUUUCUAUUCAAAAUUCGGUUUGAAAUGGUUCGAAACUCUGACGCUCGUCUUCGACUCACCAAUGAAAUACUUCAAUUUAUUAAAAUCAUCAAACUCUAUGCUUGGGAAGACCCUUUCACCAAAAAAACCCUCGCAUCUCGUAGAGCUGAAGUUAAAUCUUUAUUUAAAUUUUCAAGAUAUAGAGCAAUAUUAAUUUUUGUAAUAUCAGCAGUACCAACUCUAGUAUCUAUCGUAGUAUAUGUUAUUGUAUUUAAAGCUGAUACUGGUAUUCAAGCAGACAGGGUAUUUUCAGCAUUGGCUUAUUUAAAUAUUUUGAGAAUGCCAUUGGCAUUCCUUCCUCUGAUCAUUGCUAUGGGUGCUCAAGUUAAAGUGGCAACUGAUAGAAUUGCAGCAUUCCUUUUGUUGUCUGAAAGAAAACCAGUCGAAGAAAAUACAGACCCAUCAGUUCCAAGUGGUAUCUAUGUAACCAAUGCCAAAUUUGAUUGGGAUACUACCAAAGAAGAUUCAUUCAAGUUAAACAAUAUCUCGUUUGAAUGUAACGGUCCACAACUUACCAUGGUCGUCGGUAGUGUCGGUAGUGGUAAAUCUUCCCUCUGUCAAGCAGUCCUUGGUGAAAUGGAUUUAAUCGAUGGUCAUCUUUCAACAAAAGGAAGAAUUGCCUAUGUUCCUCAACAAGCUUGGAUUAUUAAUGCAACAUUAAAAGAUAAUAUAUUGUAUGGUAAAGAAUAUGAUCAUGAAUUAUAUGAACAAGUAUUGGAGGUAUGCGCGUUGAAAAGAGAUUUGGAAAUGUUUCCAGAAGGUGAUUUGGUAGAGAUUGGAGAACGUGGUAUUAAUCUUUCAGGUGGUCAAAAACAACGUGUAUCAAUUGCAAGAGCUGUUUAUAGUAAUGCAGAUGUUUAUAUAAUGGAUGAUCCAUUGUCUGCUGUCGAUGCUCAUGUUGGUAAACAUAUAUUCUCAAAAUGUAUAAAUGGGUAUCUUAGACCCAAGACUGUUGUAUUGGUUGCUAAUCAACUCAACUAUCUACCAUUUGCCGAUCAUGUGUUGGUACUAUCUGGCAAUACCAUUUCAGAACGUGGUACAUACUCUGAAAUCAUGGUUGCCAACGGAUCAUUUUCAAGUAUUCUUGAAAACUAUGGAAUGGGUAAUGAAGAACAACAAAACAGCAAUAGUCAACCUUCAACACCAUCACUCAUUUCCACUACCGUCACCACCCUCGUAACUCCUCCACCAGAAAAAUUAGAAAUAAUCAAAGAGGAGGAGGAAUUAAAAACAAAACCAACAUCAAAAGGAAAAGAAGGAAAAGAAGAAAAAGGAAAAUUAAUUCAAAAUGAAGAAAGAGAAACUGGGUCUGUUAGUCUGUCAGUAUACUCUUCUUAUUUUAAAUUGGGAGGAUAUUUUUAUUUUGGAGUCAUUAUUAUAUUAUUUGCAUUGGAGAAUGGAUCAAGUGCCAUGUUGAAUUGGUGGUUAUCGGAUUGGUCAAAUGCCAUGCAAUUUGGUGAUGGUGGAGAGUACAAUCUUACCUCUGACCAAUAUCUCUAUAUCUUUAUUGGUAUUGGUGUAGGGUCGAUAUUGGCAGCUGGUCUACGUAACUGGUACUUUUUCGACUACACUGUGCAAUGUAGUAAAAAGAUUCACGAUAUUUUAUUCAAGUCUAUUAUGCGUUGUCCAAUGUGGUUCUUUGAUACUACUCCCAUGGGUCGAAUCAUUAACCGGUUUACACGUGACAUUGAUGUUGUAGACAGUUUGAUUGCUCCGUCACUCGGUCAGUAUGUCGGUAUGUUUAUGUCGAUCGUUGCUAGUUUGGUCAUCAUCUCGAUUAUUACGCCGUUCCUUCUCAUCCCCCUCGGUCCCAUCAUCGUACUCUACUAUUUGUUGCAGACAUACUACCGUUACUCUAGUCGUGAGUUACAACGUCUUGUAUCCAUCUCUCGGUCCCCCAUCUUUUCACAGUUUACCGAGACCCUCAAUGGCGCAACCACCAUCCGUGCAUAUGGUCGUGUCCAAGACAGUAUCCGUACCAACCACUACCUUUUAGACGAAAACAACAAGAGUUAUAUGAUGUUGCAGACAAUGAAUCAGUGGCUUGGUUUAAGACUAGAUGUUCUUGGCAACUUGAUUGUCUUUUUCGCAGCCUUUUUCGUGACAGUGUCACGUGACACUAUUACCAUUGCUUCGAUUGGUCUGUCCAUCUCGUAUUCACUCUCUAUCACUGCCUCACUCAAUCGGUUCACACUCCAAGGUGCCGAUCUUGAAACCAAGAUGAACAGUGUCGAGCGUAUCAACCACUAUAUUAGCGGGCCGGUCGAGGCCCCACAAGUCAUCGAGUCGUGUCGUCCUGAAUCCGAUUGGCCACAACAGGGUGGUAUUGCAUUGGACAAUGUCGUGAUGAGCUACCGUGAAGGUCUCGACCCGGUCCUCAAGGGCAUCACCUGUCGCAUUGCACCCAAAGAAAAGAUUGGUAUUGUUGGUCGAACUGGCUCGGGCAAGUCAUCGCUCGUACUCGCCCUCUUCCGUCUAGUCGAACUCUCCCAAGGAUCCAUCUCGAUCGACGGUGAAAAUAUUGCAAAGUAUGGUCUAAAGGAUCUCCGUAAGAACCUUGCUAUCCUCCCCCAAGACGCUUGUCUGUUUGCAGGCACACUUCGUAUGAAUCUCGACCCAUUUGGUGAACAUCAAGACGAUGUCUUGUGGCGUGUACUCGAGGACAUCCAACUCAAGGAUAAGGUUCAGGAACUUGAAGGAGGCCUUGAAAGCAUCGUCACUGACAAUGGUGAUAAUUGGUCGGUCGGUCAACGCCAACUUAUUUGCAUGGGUCGUGCUCUCUUGCGUCGUCCCAAGAUUCUCGUCCUCGACGAGGCUACCGCAUCCAUUGAUGCCUCAUCCGACGCAUUAAUCCAAACCACCAUCAAAGAAAAAUUCAAUGAUUGCACCAUCAUCACCAUUGCACAUCGUCUCAACACUAUCAUAGACUAUGACCGAAUCAUUGUCAUGGACGCUGGUGAGAUCAAAGAGUUUGACUCUCCUCAUGCCCUUCUCCAAAACCCAACUGGAUUGUUUACUUGGUUGGUCGAUGAAACUGGAACUUGUGAACAACAAACUGGGAAAGUAAAUUUCAGAUUGUUACACCCAAUUGAAUUAUUCAAAGUCAAAAAGGUUGUAAUAGAGAGAUUGACGGUAACGGCGCCACAAGUCCCCAGAACAUGUUUGAUAUCGUUGGGUAAUGAAAUCUCUUAUCAAGGCAAUGUUCAUAUUGUUAGUCACAAUAGCUAUAAAAAGCCUAUACCAGAUUGCCAAAAGUUUUGUCCAAUCGAUCUGUUGGGUGGGUCUAGUUUUACAAAUACUAUUAGAACAGCAGGAUAUAAUCUUCAGCCACUCGAGUUCACUGAUAUCUAUAGAUGCAUUAAAGAACUAAAUGAAAUCAAUGUGACCAUCCUCGACCCUAGUGGCAUGAUCAUUGAAAUGCCAUCGGUGGAAAUAAUAUUAUCGUAUUAUACAAUACAUCCUCGCACCUCUUCCACAAUUCAAACAACACAACAAUAG